AUGGGCUCACUACCACCAGAGCGGCGCUUCAAAGUGUCCAGCGUCUGCAUCAUAGGAGCAGGACCCAGUGGACUGGUAGCAGCAAAAUACUUGCGAGCCGAAAAGGCUUUCUCCCGCAUUCAGAUCUACGAACAGCGAGCCACAGUCGGCGGCAUCUGGAACUAUGUCCCGCACUCGUCACCCACCGCAUACGACUCGGCCAUCCCGCAAACCAAUCCUUUUGCUGAAGCGGACAGGCCGAUAUGGAAACACAGCAAUGCUUCGAAGAUCCUGGGAGAGGACAAGCAAGAAAAGGCAGCUUUCUUGACACCGUUAUACGACAGAUUGGAGACGAACAUUCCCAGGGGGCUGAUGGGCUUCUCGGAUCUGGACUGGCCGGGAGACUCUCAGCUGUUCCCGAAGCAUGAGACAGUUAUGGAAUAUAUUGAGCAGUAUGCUGAGGACGUACGGGAUACGAUCAGCUGGCGGACUCAGGUAUUGGAUGUGCAAUUGACGGAGGAUAAGCGGUGGACGGUCAAGACUCAGGAAGUAUCCCAUGGCAAGCCUGCCGAAGUGCGGGAAGAGACGUACGACGCCGUUAUCGUGGCAAAUGGCCACUUCAACAUCCCGUAUAUCCCAGAAGUCAAAGGCCUCGAGAAGUGGAGCAAAGCUUAUCCCGGCUGCAUCACGCACUCGAAGUUCUAUCGGAAGCCAGAGCAUUUCACUGGGCAGAAGAUCAUCGUCGUCGGCAAUUCUGCGUCCGGCGUAGACAUUGGCGCGCAGAUACAGACAACUUGCAAGCCACCCAUAAUCGUCUCAUCAAAGUCUGAGUCUUUCUUGCUGGACGCAGAAUCCACCAAAAAGCUGGACAAACCGCCAAUCGCCGAGUUCGUGGUCAAAGACCGAAGUGUCCGCUUCGAGGACGGCUCCAGAGAGUCAGAAAUUGAUGCGGUGCUGUACUGUACAGGCUACUUCUACUCCUUCCCUUUCUUACAGAGCCUGGAGCCACCACUUAUCACCACCGGCGAAAAGGUCGAGCACUUAUAUCAGCAUAUCUUCUACCAACCACAUCCGACUCUGGCGUUUCCCGUGCUCAACCAGAAGGUCAUACCAUUCCCAUUGGCAGAAGCACAAUGUGCAAUCAUCGCACGAGUCUUCUCUGGGCGCCUUUCCCUUCCUACGGAGCACGAAAUGAGACAGUGGGAGCUCGAAUGGGCCAAGUCGAACGGCGACGGCAGGAUGUUUCAUGUGCUCAAGUUUCCGAAGGAUGCAGAUUACAUCAAUAUGCUGCAUGCCUGGGCAAGGGGGGCUGAUGCUCACGACCGAGCAAAGCAGUCAUCAGGUCAUGAGAGUGAUGGUGUUAGUGAAGGAGGUGCAGUGGGCAAGACGCCACCUUUCUGGUCCGGACGAGAAUACUGGACUCGUGAACGUUUCCCGGCCAUGAAGAAAGCUUUCCAGGAUCUGGGUGAGAGAAGACACAAUGUGCGAUCACUGGCAGAGCUUGGCUUUGACUACGAAGAUUGGCAAGCAAAGCAGGGCUGA